AUUUGGCGAGUUUUGUGUUUAAAGAGGAAUUCGACAGUCGCGAGACUAUCGUCUGUAAAGCCGCGGUGUCGAUGCUGUAAAGAAAUGGAGGAAAACACGACCGAGUUGAAAGUCAAACCGAGAUUGUCUCGGUUUCCUUUAAGUAGAAUCAAAACAAUUAUGAAAAGUUCGCCUGACGUGUUGUUAUUGAGUCAAGAUUCCGUUUUCUUAAUCGCUAAAGCCGCUGAAAUGUUUGUGGAGUAUUUGGCCAAAGAAUCUUUUAAACUGAGUAAAGAUCGAGUGACCAUUGGUUAUAAAGAUCUUGCCGAAGUAGUCAAUUCCAAAGAGUAUUUGGAAUUUCUUCAAGAUAUCAUUCCGAGAAAAAUGAAAGCCAAAGAUUAUUGGGACAUCCUUAAAAGAGUAGAAGAAGAAGAAAAGAAUAGAGAACUCGACAUAUAAUUUAUUAUUUUGUUAUUUUAAACAUGCGAUAUUUGUUAUGCUUUACCAAAGCAACAUAUUGUAAAUAAGUUUUUGUUUUUUGUGUAUAUAUGUAUAUCGGUAUUUUAAUGAUUAAAUGUCUUUUAUAACAUGA